AUGACCGAUGAUAAGGUGGGACUAGUGAUAACUCAUCAUGCAGAUCAUUCACUGAGCAGUUUUUGUCAGUGGCAGUCAGGCCUGGUUGGAAAGGAUGGAAAACGUCACGACCAUGCCAUUUUACUUACUGGUGUGGAUAUUUGUUCAUGGAAGAAUGAACCUUGUGAUACUCUAGGUUUUGCACCAAUUAAUGGAAUGUGUAGUAAAUACAGAAGCUGCACCAUCAAUGAAGACACAGGUCUUGGUUUAGCAUUUACUAUUGCUCAUGAAUCAGGCCACAACUUUGGCAUGAUCCAUGAUGGAGAAGGCAAUGCGUGUAAGAAGUCUGAAGGUAACAUAAUGUCACCAACACUAGCUGGGAACAAUGGUGUCUUCUCCUGGUCUUCCUGCAGCAGACAGUAUCUGAAUAAAUUUCUCAGUACAGCUCAAGCCGCAUGUCUUGCAGAUGAGCCCAAACAAAUUGGCCAGUAUAAGUAUCCAGAGAAACUUCCAGGGCAGUUGUACGAUGCUGAUACUCAGUGCAAAUGGCAAUUUGGAACUAAGGCAAAGCUGUGUUCAGUCGGCUUUGGAAAGGAUAUCUGCAAAUCCCUAUGGUGCCACAUAACAAACCACCGCUGUGAAACAAAGUUUAUGCCAGCAGCAGAGGGGACUGCUUGUGGUGCAAACAUGUGGUGUAGGAGGGGUCACUGUGUAAAAGUUGGAGAUCAUGGUCCCAAACCUAUCCAUGGACAGUGGUCAGUGUGGUCUGAAUGGUCUGUCUGUACCCGUACAUGUGGAGGAGGAGUUACCUACAAGGAAAGGUUCUGCAACAAUCCAAAGCCACAGUAUGGUGGACUUUUCUGCCAAGGCUCAAACAGAAUUUAUCAGCUUUGCAAUAUCCAAGCUUGCCAAACAAAUAGUGUGGAUUUUAGAGCACAGCAAUGUGCAGAAUAUAAUAGCAAACCAUUCAGAGGCUGGUUCUACAAGUGGAAGCCAUACACAAAAGUUGAAGAGGAACGUAUCUGCAAACUAUACUGUAUUGCUGAAGACUAUGACUUUUUCUUCGCCAUGUCCAACAAAGUAAAAGAUGGCACACCAUGUUCCGAAAAUGCAUAUGAUGUCUGCAUUGAUGGACUCUGUGAGCCAGUAGGAUGUGAUCAAGUUCUUGGUUCUGAUGCUACUUUGGAUGCAUGUGGUGUUUGCAAAGGGGACAAUUCAACAUGCAAGUUCAUCAGAGGACAGUAUUUAAAUCAACACAAAAACAGUGAUUAUUACACAGUGGUCACCAUUCCAGCUGGCUCCCGCAGUAUUUCUGUUCGUGAAUUAGAAGUAUCUGCUAGUUACUUGGCUGUCCGUAAUCUGAAGAAACAAUACUAUCUUACUGGAAACUGGGCAGUGGACUGGCCUGGAAAAUUUUCUUUUGCUGGGACUGUGUUUAACUAUCAGCGCUCCUUCAACCAGCCAGAAAUUUUACAUUCCGCUGGUCCAAUUAACGAAACUCUGGUCUUUGAAAUUCUUCUGCAAGGGAAAAAUCCAGGUGUUGCAUGGGAGUACACAGUAGCCAAGGCACGGAUGGACAAUAUGACUCUACAAAGACACAAUUACACUUGGCUGACUACACAAUCUAGUUGUUCAGCUUCAUGUGCUGGUGGCAUUUUUGUCACAAAGGCAAUGUGUGUUCGAGAUUUUCUCACGCCAGUGAAUUCUUCCUCUUGCAAUCUUCAGACAAGACCAUCCACUGGGACUAAGACUUGCAAUAAUCAUCCUUGUCCAGCAAUGUGGAGUACAGGUGAGUGGGGUUUAUGCAGCAAAUCUUGUGCAGGAGGACAACAAACCCGCCAGAUUCAGUGUGUUCGUAAAGUAAUAUUCGAAAAGGAAGAGAUAGUACCGCACUCUCUGUGCCUUGGAAGUGCACCAACACAGAUACAGACUUGUAAUAACCAAGCGUGUCCUCCAGAGUGGGGUACUGGAGCAUGGUCACAGUGUACAAAAUCUUGUGGAAGAGGAAUCAGGAAGCGUGAUGUCUACUGCCAAAGUUUCAGUCAUUCCUCUAAGUCCAACAUGUUGCCAGAAAACAUGUGUAGGAAGGAGUUAAAACCAGCAGUUCAGGAAACAUGUGUACUACGGCGUUGUCCGAAGAAUGACAGACUACAAUGGGUGACAUCAUCUUGGAGUGAGUGUUCGGCUACCUGUGGAUCUGGUACAAGAACACGAGAACUACGAUGUGGAGAAGCAGACGGUCAUGGCAAAUAUGUGUACUAUCCUCAGAGACGCUGCCGCAGCAUACAAAAACCGAGAGUUGAACUGGAACAGAAAUGUGAAAUGAAAACCUGUUAUUUACCAUCAGUGACAAAAUCAUUCAACAGUGCUCUUUCGGGAUGGUAUACUUCUCCAUGGCAACAGUGCACUGUGACAUGUGGAGGAGGAGUUCAAACAAGAACAGUACAGUGUCUGAGACAGGGACAGCCAUCAGUAGGUUGCCUGCAUCAGAAACCUGCAACAACUCGAGCAUGUAAUACAAACUUCUGUCCACCUCCAGCUUCUAAAGAUGAUUUAUCUUGUGUAGAUUUCUUCAGCUGGUGCCAUCUUGUUCCUCAACAUGGACUUUGCAAUGAUAAGCGUUAUGGAAAACAAUGUUGUAAGUCUUGUUCAAGGAAACACCUAUAAGAUCCAUGGGUUCAGAGACAUAGUAGUGUCAGGUCCAAAAUAUGGAGCUGUCCAGUUUUACUCAAGGAUCGGCUAUAACAACAUGUUGAAUCCCUUCAGAAAAAUCUAUAGAACGUGCAUCAGUAUGAGGGACUCGACUGGUUGUAGAACAGGAUUUGUCUCGUAGCACUUGAACACCCAAAACAAAAAAAACAAUAUUUCAGCUCAUAAAAUUGUAAUGGAACUGUAAACGAUUUCAAGAGAGUGCAAGUGCUUCUCAGUGUUGACUAAGUAAGAAGCUUUGAAAGCUUGAACAGACAAUGGAACAAUUUACUUCAGUCAACUGGAUAUCUUAAGUAAUUCAGCUUUUACAGUGAACUGUUUGUGAACAGAAAUGAGAAAAUGUGUUGUUCAUCUCUUAAUCAUCCUCAUGUUAGCUUCUGUAGUACUUCUUAAACUACACCCAGAAACUCUGAUAAAACUUGCCUUUUGCAUUCCUAAAUGAGCACCCCUAUAUUGCUUUCCUAACUGACUGAAAGAACACAUGUUGAUUCUAGGUUGAAAGUGCAGGAGAACUCAGCAUUAGCCACUUUAGAGGGCUGACCACAAGGUAGAAAUUAAUUUGUGUUUCUUCUGUUAUACAAACUGCAGCAUUCUGAUAUUACUUAAUUUAUGUGAGGUGCUUCAGCACUGCAAUGGAAGAACCAUAUUUGUAAAAUGCUUUAUUGAACUGAUGUUAUGAAUUUCCAGUCUGUAUUAUUAUUAUUAUUAUUAUUAUUAUUAUUAUUAUUAUUAAUACUCUACAUAAAGAGUGCAAUGCCCAGCCAGAGUCAUAUUUAUUGCUUUCUUCCACUGCUUCUCCAUUUUACAUAAAUUACAAAACUGUACAAAAUGUUUUUGUAGAAUGCUUUGAAAUUUGUAUAUAUGUCUGACUGCUGAGCCUAUACUUAAACACAUUUUAAAGUACUCUUCAGUGCUCUUGAACAAUAAAUUAUACACCAAAGGCUUGGCAAGUGUAUGCACUGUAAUGGUGAAUUUGUCUAAGUUUAGUGUUGUAUAAAAAUGUGUCUUUUAUGUAGGGUAUUUUC